AUGGAGAGGGUCGCGGCGGGCUCGGGGGAGGACGCGGCCCCGGCCGAGGCGGAGGCGGAGGCGGAGGGCGCCGCAGCCAUGCCGCCGCCGCCGCCCGGCUCCCCGCCCGCGCUCACGCCCGCGCCCGCCGCCUGCGAGGAGAGCCUGGCGUCGCCGCCGCCCGAGUUCGGGGCUCCGGGCUGCUCGGGCUCGCGGCCCCCCGAGCUGGAGCCGGUGCGCAGCCAGGGCCGUGUGCGAGGCCGCUUCGAGGACUACGACGAGGAGCUGGAGGAGGACGAGGAGCUGGAGGACGAGGACGAGGAGCUGGAGGAGGAGGAGGAGGAAGACACGAGCCACUUCUCGCUGCGGCUGGAGUCGGGGCGGCCGGAGUCGGAGGACGAGGAGGAGCGCCUGAUUAAUCUUGCUGAGCUGACCCCAUACAUCUUGUGCUCCAUUUGCAAAGGUUACUUAAUAGAUGCAACUACCAUUACAGAAUGUCUUCACACCUUUUGUAAAAGCUGCAUUGUAAGACAUUUUUACUAUAGCAACAGAUGUCCAAAAUGCAACAUAGUGGUACAUCAGACACAACCUCUUUAUAACAUAAGGUUGGACCGACAAUUGCAAGACAUAGUGUAUAAAUUAGUGAUGAAUCUAGAGGAAAGAGAAAAAAAGCAAAUGCAUGAUUUCUAUAAAGAAAGAGGUCUAGAAGUACCUAAACCUGCUGUUCCACAGCCAGUCCCAUCAAGCAAAGGAAGAACUAAGAAAGUUCUAGAAUCAGUGUUUCGUAUUCCACCUGAACUUGAUAUGUCUUUAUUACUGGAGUUUAUUGGUAGUAAUGAAGAUGCAGGAAACUUUAAGCCAUUAGAAAAGAAAUUUGUCCGAGUUUCAGGAGAAGCAACUAUUGGACAUGUAGAAAAAUUUCUCAGAAGAAAAAUGGGUCUUGAUCCAGCUUGUCAGGUAGAUAUCAUCUGUGGUGAUCACUUGCUGGAACAGUAUCAAACUCUACGGGAAAUCCGACGUGCAAUAGGUGAUGCUGCAAUGCAGGAUGGUCUGCUUGUCCUUCAUUAUGGUCUUGUGGUUUCUCCUCUGAAAAUAACUUGAAGAUGUGAGGAUAUUAUGAGGAGGAAAACAAAGGAGGCUUUUGCAGGACAGCAGCUCACCAAAGAUUUCCACCAAACAUGUACUCACCACCUCUUUGUGCUGUUCAUGACCUAGUGUCUGUUUUCAGCACCAGGAAUCCUAGCAUUCAUAGGUACCACUUGAAACAAUGGAAUGUAUCUGCCUUGCUUAUAGACUCUAUGUAAAAAAAAAAAAAAAAAAAAUCAGAGCUCAGGGGAAAAUUUUCACAACAUUGAAUUGUAAAAUUCCUUGUGAUUCUUCCUUUGAAGUUGGUUGUUGCUUCUUACCAUGAGGUACAUUGGUUGCUGUUUUCUCCUGUGUGGAGCCAUGUAUUUUUUUUCGAGAUGGUGGGUGAAACUCUGCUCUCCAGGCUGCAUCAGUUGGGCAGUUGUCUUUUCAGAAAAACAAGUUUGCUUUUGAACAGGAGAUUCAAAGCCAGUCUGUUAAACUGCAGGGUGUCCUUUCAUAGCCCAAACCAGCGGCCACUUCUGUAUAUUGCUAGUAUAUUUGAACUUGUGUCUUUUUCAUAUAUAUACCAGCAAUACUGUUCAGGCAAUGCUAAAGCUAAGUCCCAUUACUGUGUGUGAAGAGACCGCCUCCUGUCUCCUUGGCUUGUUUUGUAAUAAAGGUGCUUCUUUAGGUUUUGUAAAUUUUACUUGCAGAGCAGUGCUGCUGGUGUAGCGGUAUCAUGCCAGAUCCCUCCUCAUGGUUGUAGAGACUUGUCAUGGCCCUGCUUCUGAAAGGGACAGAAAUUUCAGGUAAAUUACAGAGGUUUACAGACCACUUGCUCAUUGUUUUCUUAGUAAAUCCAUUUACUGGUUUCUUUUUUGAUGUUGAUUUUUCCAUUAUUUGUCAGUAGAUUAAAGAAUAAGAGUACUUGAGAACGUUGCUUUUAUGCAAGACUUCAGUUUUAAACAUUAUUUUGCCUAAAAUUAGCAUCCUGAUGCUUUCUAAAAGAAGUAUUUUGUAGACUAUUUCACAGAAAAAUUUCCAAAUCUGUAUAGAAACAUAAGAAAUUAGACAAGGAUUGGCAAUUGUUUUAUAAAGAAUUUGUGAAUUCUGCAUAAAUCUCUUCUAACAUUUAAUAAAAAUUUUAUUUUAUCCAA